UCAUAAUAUCUGAUAGCAGAUUAAGAUAAAAUAAAAUAAGAUAAUCCUUUAUUAGUCCUGCAGCGGGGGAAUUUACAGGAUUACAGCAGCAUAGGUUAUAGUGCAAACAAGAGACAUAGUAAAAGAAAAACAAGAUAAAAAAAACCCCACUAUUAUAAAUAAGCAAUAAAAACAGUAAAGGAUCCACAAUAACUGAAAUAUUAUAUAUACAGAGAGAAAACUAUUAUAACUAAUUAACAGAAAUGCAACAGUACAAAUCUAUGAUUCUACAGGAGUCAGGAAGAUGUUUAUUAAAGAAAAUGAAGAGCUUCUUAGUGGACAGGCAAUGCUCGUUUAGUCAUUGAAUAUAACUGUAUGCCUUGCUUAUUAGAUACCAGUCUGCAAGAACAAAAUGGCCAACCACAGCAAUGUGCAUCAAUAUACCCAUCACAUAUCAUAUACCCAACACAUUUAGACAUAAAAAACAUUUUAUUGCAAAACAAGGCUGUAUUAAGAACUGGAGAAAGGGUACCUGCCCCAGCUCUCCAACACUAGGACCUCAUAACCAGAGGGACCAGGUUCUGAGUUGAUAAGGGUCACAAGGUAUAUGUAUACCUGUAUGUAUACCUGUAUGUAUAUCUAUAUGUAUAUCUGCAUAGUUGUGGAGGGAGGGGCUUUGUCUAAAUGCAGUUUUAAUACCUUUAAAAAUGAUAAAUGUGUUCCACAUUCUAAAACAAAGGAAAACUGUGACUCACAGCUAAAUGUUUAGGUGAAUAAGUGCAGGGAGGGGCUGGCUACAGCAUCGUCUCUGCCCUCUAGCGGACCAGUCUCACCCUGUUGCAAGUAAACAAAAUACUCGAUUUCAAACUACUGGCCCAGUUUUACAGAUCCGGCUCCAAAUAAGCUUUCUUUUCAAAAUAAAAACUGUCAGUCGAUGGAGAAUACACCGCAUUUUAGUGACUUGGUUGAGUUGUCAGUAUUUUUUUUUGUUAAACACCUGAAGAGUAGGUGGUUUGAAUAAAUUACUGCCAAGACAUUACAAUCUGCUGAUGAAUCACGUGGGCCGUAUUUAUUGCAAUCCUGGACACUGCAUGCUCAUAAAACCACUCCACAUUAUGAAUAAAUAACACACUUGAAUAGAGAAACAUAAGCUUUUAUAUUUUCCAUGCAAGUUUUGGGGUAUCGUUAACUCUCCUGCCACUUAGUCCCCGCCCUCCUCGGAGAGUGUGUAGUUGACCAAAAACUUGCAUGAUACGACUCGACUGUGAGUGAGUUUUGACUGCUUAUCUGCCACAGUUGAACACAACCCAACAUCUUCCAAGGCAGGCAUUUUAACAGUUUGGCCCUCUGCAUAAAACAGAAUGUCUAAAAGUGAAACGGAAGAGAUGAUAGAGAUCGAGAUCGAUGAACGGGAGAAACAGGCAUGUCUGGAGGAAGGGGUGGAGGAGCAGACCAUCACUGCAUCAGACUUGAUUCAACAAGAUAUCGACAUCAAUGAGCCCAUUGGCAAUUUAAAGAAGCUCUUGGAGCCUCGUAUCCAAAUGUCACUGGAUGCAUAUGAGAUUUGCUUGCAGGACAUUCAGCUUCACCCUGAUCACAGCCUCUUCGAUCAGGGAGUAAAGACAGAUGGCACCGUGCAGCUCAGCCUGCAGAUAAUAACCAAACCAGGUGAGGAGAAGUUGAACAUUUUGGAAAUCGUGAAGCCGGUAGAAACAGUAGAGGUGGUGAUUGAUCCAGAUGCAGCAGGAGAGGAGGGAACUCUAAUGGAGGAGGGUCAACUCAUCGCUGUGGAUCGAUCUGGCCUGUCUGAUGAGACGUCGGAGCAGGUUACACGCUGGGCCGCAGCACUUGAAGGCUACCGCAAAGAGCAAGUUCGCCUGGGCAUACCAUAUGAUCCUGUGCUCUGGUCAGCUGACCAGGUGAUCCACUGGGCGGUGUGGGUAAUGAAAGAGUUUAACAUCGAUGAGAUGGAAAUAGGCAGCAUUCACAUCCCUGGUCGUGAUCUGUGCUUAUUCAGCCAGGAAGAGUUCCUUCAGAAAGUGCCCAACGGAGAGAUACUCUGGAGUCACUUGGAACUCCUGCGCAAAUAUGUGUUGGCGAGCCAGGACCAGUCUGGAGGGGAUGCUACUGUCACCAUUGAUCAACCUGUGCAGAUAAUCCCAGCUCAAGUGAGCACACCCACUGCCAUUAAGGUGUUGAAGCAGAGCCGUGGCCCCAGAACUCCCCGUAUCUCUGGAGGAGAGGAGCGCAGCUCACCUGGUAACCGCACAGGCAACAACGGCCAGAUCCAGCUUUGGCAGUUCCUGCUGGAGCUGCUGACAGACAAGGAUGCAAGAGACUGCAUCUCCUGGGUCGGCGAGGAGGGCGAGUUCAAACUCAACCAGCCGGAGCUUGUGGCCCAGAAAUGGGGCCAGCGCAAGAACAAGCCUACUAUGAACUAUGAGAAACUCAGCAGAGCCCUCAGGUAUUACUACGACGGGGACAUGAUCAGCAAGGUGCAGGGCAAGCGCUUUGUCUACAAGUUUGUGUGCGACCUGAGAACUCUGAUUGGCUACAGCGCUGCUGAGCUCAACAACCUGGUCACCGACUGCGAACAGAAGAAACUGGCUCGCAUGCAGAUGCACGGCAUCGGACAGCCCAUCACUACAGUGACGCUGGCCACCACCACACUAGACAAAGACAGUUAAAGGAGGCCGCAUUAAAGCGCCCCUCCAGCUGCCAAAGUUUGCUCUCCACCGCGGACAGGAAAUCAAAUCAACUUUCUUCUUUUUUGACACGACUGUGUC